UCUGGUGAAAGAGUGAAAGAGGACCUGCCCUUCUCCAAUCUCUCCUCCGCCCCCCACCCUGAGACUGCGACGCUCGUCCUCUCCUUCAUCUGCUUCAACACCCACUUCAGAGUGCAGACAACAAUCUCUCUUUCUCUUCUUUCGUCCUUUAUUUAUUAUUUGUGUUUUAAGUCUAUUACCUCGUAAUUUUGAUCCAUUUUUCCCUGGAGAGCUAAAGAAAUGGAGAAGAUCAUGGCUAACUACGAGCUUGGAGCUUGUGGCAUAGUCUAGCGUUUUUCUCUCUCUAGUCUUUUUCACCUUUUCUUUGUUUUCUUCGCCUCUUCGGUGUUUUCGCCUUAGAAUGGGUUGCCGGAGAAUGAUCACCGGGAACUUGGAUCCAGAGAGGGAGAAGUGUGGCGGUUUAAGAACCAAGCAAGCGGGUAGAGGAUCCUGCCGAGGAAGUUAGAACUGGAAAAUCGAGUCGCCGGACGAUGUAUUGUCUCCGGCGCUGAGCUGUCCCUUGAUUUGAGUGUUGGUCACCAAAGCUAUGGGGUUUCUCUUGAAAGAAGCUCUCAAGUCUCUCUGCGGCGUCAAUCAGUGGUCUUAUGCUGUUUUCUGGAAGAUUGGUUGCCAAAAUCCUAAGCUGUUAAUUUGGGAAGAAUGUCAUUGUGAAUUCAUACCAAGUUCUGGUCUUCCGCAUGGUUCUGGAAUGGAGAACUCGGAAGUGCCUUUUGAAGACUGGGAAGGUUGCUGGGUGUCUCCUGAAACUCGUAUUUCUCAGCUUGAUGGUCAAGCUGUGGAGUCGAUCUAUUUUCUGGUCAACAAAAUGAUGAUGAAUAACCAGGUCAAUAUAGUAGGAGAAGGGAUAGUGGGGCGGGCUGCAUUCACAGGAAAACAUCAGUGGAUUCUUUCAGAAAACUACACUAGGGAUGCCCAUCCACCAGAGGUUCUGAAUGAGGUUCAUCACCAAUUUUCAGCUGGCAUGCAGACAGUUGCAGUCAUUCCUGUCCUUCCUCAUGGUGUCAUUCAAUUUGGUUCAUCCUUGGCUAUUAUGGAGAAUGCUGGAUUUGUGAAUGAUGUGAAGAGUUUGAUUCUUCAACUAGGAUGUGUCCCUGGUGCUCUUUUAUCUGAGAGCCAUGCAAUAAAAGAAACUAGCCAGAACAUUGGGGAACCCAUCUCUGUUGCAGCCUCCAUCUAUGGGGAUCCAUCUCGAAAUUAUGAAGUGACAAACUCAAGUCCUUUUAUUGCUGAUGGCUGUAAUCAACAAAGCAAUUCAUCACAGGCGUCAAGGCUUGUUGGUCAACCUUCUCAUUCGAUAAUGAGACAGAUUCAAGAUAACCAGCCGAUUAAUGCUUUGACAUUUCAUAGCCCUAACCUGAUCCAAACUUUGGUUAAAUCCCACGCUGACCAGUGCCAGCAAAAGCUUCCUUCAGUAAUGAAACCUAAGCUUUCUUUCCGAAGUCAACUAGAAAGCGAGGUUGCAAAAGCUGAAGUGAUCACAUCAAAUCCAGAUGUAUGGCUGAAUCGGCAUGGUGUUUCAUACAAUGCACGAUUUGGAUUCAAUCAUCAACCUAGUGUUGGUCCAUCAGGCUCAAGUUCUAGCAACCCAAGAUUAAUGGAAAAUCAGGUAUUGUCAGAUGCUGGCGCACGGGGUCAUAUUAACAAUAAUUUAAGUGGACCAAGUUGCUUUCUCUCAUCUCAACUCAGAACAAAUGGAGGCCUAGACUCUGAUUCUCACAAAAGUUCAGAUAUUGCCCCUUUUCUUGGAGAAGGUGUACGUAAUGGUAUGGGUAAUUAUCUAAGAUCCAUUUCAAUUCCACCUUCCGUCUUAAACACAAAUAAGUCAGCUGACAUAAGUCUCUCUUGCACUCAAUUGACUGGGAUUGGGCUUCAAAAUGCUGAUUCAUUGAAAUCAGAGGUGAUUCCUUUAUCCGAUCAAGUAGAUCAUUUAAAUAUUAGUCAUAUGCUCUCAGGAGACUCUGAUCAUAGACAUCAUUUGACAAAUGAGAAAUGUACUGAAAAGGAGUUGGUUCCUAGGAGACAAAAAAUAGAAAAUGAUUUAUUCCAAGCGCUUGGUAUCCCAUUAACUCAUGCAGAUGCACAGAUGAUUUUGAGCGAGCACGUCCCUGAUUUUCUUCAUGAGUUCCCAAAGCCUGAGAAUGGAAGUCAGACUCCAAGAUCCAAAAAGGCUAUACAUGAGGAUACGUGUGUUCGACCUGCAUCUGGGGAUGACUUGUUUGAUAUCCUGGGUGUGGAUUUUAAGAGCAAGUUGUUUAAUGGUUAUGGGAAUGAUUCUGUCAUUGAUGGGCCAGGUACGAGCUCACAAAAUCUGUGUAAGGAUUCUUCAACAUCGAUGACCUUUCAGGACACAGGUUCUGACUUUUAUCCUAUUAGUGAAGGCAUAUCAGACAGUGGUGUUUUUGUUGGGAGUGAUGCUGACCACCUUCUAGAAGCCGUUGUCUCGAGGAUUCAUUCAGCCACCAAGCAGAGCUCAGAUGAUAAUGUGUCUUGUCGAACAACAUUGACAAAGAUUAGUAGCUCCUCUGUUCCUAGCACUUCUCCCACCUAUGGGCGAGGUAAUAUGUCUGAUCAGAUGCAGAGGAACUUAUUUGGUCUUCCUCCAGAGAAAUCUGGGACAAUGGGUUCUAGUUCCUUUAGAUCUGGGUGUAGCAAGGAUGAAAGAGGAAAUUGUUCUCAAGGUAGUUCCAUUUAUGGAUCACAAAUUAGUUCAUGGGUUGAACAGGGUCAUAGUUUGAAGCGUGAAAGUAGUGUUUCAACUGCUUAUUCUAAAAGGCCUGAUGAGAUUGGCAAAUCCAAUCGAAAAAGGCUUAAACCUGGCGAGAAUCCCCGACCUAGGCCAAAAGAUCGCCAAAUGAUCCAAGAUCGUGUGAAAGAGUUACGCGAAAUUGUACCAAAUGGGGCAAAGUGUAGCAUUGAUGCACUGCUUGAACGCACCAUCAAGCAUAUGCUUUUCUUGCAAAGUGUCAUGAAGCAUGCAGACAAGCUAAAGCAAACUGGAGAGUCUAAGAUUAUUAAUAAGGAAGGUGGACUGCACUUGAAAGACAACUUUGAGGGAGGAGCAACAUGGGCAUUUGAAGUUGGCUCACAGUCUAUGGUCUGCCCUAUAAUAGUUGAAGAUCUGAAUCCACCUCGUCAAAUGCUUGUGGAGAUGCUUUGUGAAGAACGGGGUUUCUUUCUAGAAAUAGCUGAUAUAAUUAGAGGGAUGGGAUUGACCAUCCUGAAAGGGGUGAUGGAAACUCGGAAUGACAAGAUCUGGGCACGCUUUACUGUAGAGGCAAACAGAGAUGUGACAAGAAUGGAAAUAUUUAUCUCACUCGUUCACCUUCUGGAGCAAACCGUGAAAGGCAGUACAUUGUCGGCACAUGGCAUUGAUAAUGACAAUAUGAUGGUCCAUCACUCUUUUCACCAAUCUGCUUCCAUACCUGCAACUGGGAGGGCAAGUAGUUUCCAGUGAACCAUAUGCUGCAUAGAUUCUUGGUCUGGAUGUGUUGCGAGCGAGCCGUGUUUUUGCUUGCCAUGACUAACAUGGAUUCCAGUCUGACCUCUCGGGUGGUUCUAACUCCGACUGACCUUUUUAUCUCCCACAAACUCAAUUAUGACUAACCUCACUUUUUUGAAGGGGGGAUUUGUUUAGGUGGUGAAAAGCUUCUCAAGAACUUCCAAAUGCAUAUUGCUUUUCAAUAUAGAUAUCUGAAUGUUUUAAUCAGAGUGCCUCAGGAAAAAGUUAGCCUAAACUAAGUUGUUAAUUGUAUGCAUUUGAUUGCUUAGAUUUUCCCUUUUUCUUUGUCCGGAUUUCCCUUUAAUGGGUAAUGUUAUAGGUUGGGGAGGGGUUAUAGGUGCAAUCUCGUUGUUGUAGGGGGGUUCUCUUGUUCGCAAAUGUAUAGAUGGCAUGGGAUAUCAAAUGAAAGAGUUUGAGGUGUUAGCCAUAUUUCGUCUUUGGAGCACCACCUCUCUCUCUUUUUUUUUUUAA